AUGAAUCAUGAUCCGUACAGUUGGGGGAGACCCUCAGACGAGACCUACGGCCAGUAUAGCGAUGCAAUUGCCCAUGCGCCCUCCUUCCCCAAGAUGAACACACAACAACCUAUAGUGACCGGUACGUCUGUCAUCUCGAUGAAGUAUAAUAACGGUGUUAUCAUUGCUGCAGAUCACUUGGGUUCGUACGGCUCUCUGUUGAGGUUUACCGAUAUUGAGAGGCUGUUCCCCGUUGGGAAGAACACCGUCGUUGGGAUUUCCGGGGACAUCUCUGAUAUGCAGCACAUCGAGGCUCUUUUAGAGGAAUUGGAGACGGAGAACAACUAUGACAACUCGCACGCGGACGACGAGGAGUCGCUGCAGCCGAGCUACGUGUUCGAGUACUUGGCGACCGUGAUGUACCAGCGCAGGUCCAAGAUGAACCCACUAUGGAACGCGCUGAUUGUGGCGGGUGUGGAGGACUCGAAACCGUUUUUGAAGUACGUCAAUUUGCUAGGUGUCACAUACUCAUCCCCCACGCUGGCGACUGGGUUUGGUGCGCACUUAGCUGUCCCGCUGCUAAGGCGUGUAGUGGACCGUGAGUCCGAUGUCGAGAAGACAGACAUGCAAACAGCAACGGACACAAUCCUCCAAGCGAUGAAGGUGCUUUACUACAGAGACGCACGUUCGUCAAGGAAGUUUUCGAUGGCCAUAAUCGACAACGACCAAGGUCUGGUCUUUAACAAGGAAUUGGAGGUUGAAAACAUGAAGUGGAACUUCGCAAAAGAUAUCAAAGGUUACGGUACCCAGAAAGUGUAA